AUGAUCUCGAGUUCGGGAGGCAGAUUAAUAGCAAAGUUUUCUUUGCGUCCUUUCGGUUCCCUGCAUUCGCACCCAGGAGGCCUUUCCAACAGCUGUUCAAAAAUUAUCCUUCAAUCCUUUAUCUCACGAGGUUUGACGACAAGUCCUGGUCACAAGCCAGGCCCAACUCUACAACUAAAAAAAGAUGAACUUGACGAUUUUUUGCCUCGCGAACGUCCCGAGUCUAUUUCGUACUUCACAGCAAAACCUACAUAUAACGACUUACUCAUACAGCUUAACGAUCUCACAUCGAAGUAUAAAAACUUUCCGCGUACGAAACGCGACGAAAAAAUUGUGACCCUAUGGAAGCUAAAAAAUCAGUUAGAAGUGGACUUACAUUUGGGAUUAAAGUUCAAUCAAUACGACCUGAUAACCCAAAAGCUACAUCACCUAGAUGCGAUUAUUCCUGAAUCAGCGCCCGAACUACAUGAUUUCCUAAGUUUAUUUCGACGACAAGAUCCCGAGAAGGCGAAAAAGGAAUUGCAAGCAAAUAAAAAGCUGGAUGAAUAUCAAAGAGCAUAUAGCGUAGGAAAAAGGAAAGAAGCUGUUGCACACGUGUGGGUUGUAGAGGGUGAGGGACAUGUGCUUAUUAAUGGUAUACCCUUGGUGGACUAUUUGGGUUCGUUGGAACUUCGCCAACGUGUCUUGAUGCCGUUUCAAGUGACAAAUCUGCUUGGCAAAUAUAAUGUGUGGGUUAGAGUUCAAGGAGGUGGUAAAUCCGGUGUGAUCCUUUAUCGUGUUCCCAAGGUCAAGCUGGCGCAAUUGCACAUGGAAUCACCAAAUGCCUGCUCAUACACGAUCCCGAGCUUAAACCAAUUAUGCGACAAGGGUCAAACGUUGAAAAACUCACUAAAAGGUAAUCAUCGUGUUAUAUCGUUAAGGCAUUCAUUACCUCGCGCAUCCAAGCCAUUGAACGAUUAG